AUGAAAAGAUAAAUAUUAAAUGAACAUUUACAAAUGAAAAAGAACAAGAGUUGUUAAAUUUCCAGAUCCUAACAGAAUGAAUUUUCACUAGAAAGAAUACAAAGUAUAUCGUAGAACAAAAGAAGUUCUGAUAAAGGGUCUAUGUAAAUUGUUGAGAUGUGGAGCAAGAAGAUGAAAAAACAAUGUGACAGUUAUUUAGAGGUGCUCAAAUAGAAACAAUAACAAGAGAUAAUGAAAUUGAAUCAUGUUCCACCAAUAAUGUUGAAGAAUAUCGAUGUCAUGAAACGCAGCGAUAAAACCACUCUUCCAAGAUCAAGGAUUACAUCUUUCAAUUAGCAGGACCCAAAUUUAAGAUCCCAUAAGGAAGUCAUUCAGAAAAAUGAAGAUCCAAUUGGAACUUCAAUUUUUAGCAAUUCUGGGAGGUCAAAUGCCUAACCUUUCUUUUUCUAAAGGCUUAAACUAUCACCAAUUCGAGAAGUUCAAAAUUGCAUCGAUUAAUGUGAUACUCUUCUCCAAGAUGUCUAAAGUAUUAGUAAGGAGUUUUAUUAGCCUAAACAAGAUAGGUUUAAAUUGUAUGCCUAAAAAAGAUAAAAAGAGAAACUCAAGGAAAUGUUUUUAUUAAGAAGAUUAUAGUGA